CUAGAUACGAGGAGGGAGGAACGGCAUUAUCAUCAUCAUCAUCGCAGCAGCAGCAGCAGCAAUGUGCUCUCUCUCUUUCUCUCUCUGAGUAUGCAGGCAAAUCUCUGUAAAAUGCGCACUAAGAAAGACCUCCCCUAUCCACAUUAGUUCGAUGUUUCGGAGCUUAACUUGGACCUCCGUGGGAAGCAUGAAACCUGGGAUCCAACUUCCGCAGGACGAGUGAGCUGAACCAAAGGUUUUCCAAUAUUCCGGACCAUCCUUAAGGUCAUCAGUAGGGAACCAUGAACAGCUCACUGAAUCCCAAACAGGCCUGUGGACCCGGGCUGACGGACAUGCAGCAGUACCACCAGUGGCUUUCCAGUCGGCAUGAAGCCAGCCUGCUGCCCAUGAAGGAAGACCUGGCUCUGUGGCUCACCAAUAUACUCGGCCUGGAAAUCACUGCGGAGAGCUUCAUGGUUCAGUUGGACAAUGGCUUCCUGUUGUGCCAACUGGCUGAAACACUGCAGGAGAAGUUCAGGCAGAGUAACGGAGACCUGCCUUCACCUGGCACCAGCAGCAAGGAGAGAACCCCACAUCAGAGGAUACCGUGUCGACGGAGCGCUCCAUCUGGUUCAUUUUUUGCGCGGGACAACACCGCCAACUUCCUGACCUGGUGUCGGGAAGUCGGAGUGGGAGAAACUUGUCUCUUUGAAUCAGAAGGUUUAGUUCUUCAUAAGCAGCCGAGAGAGGUGUGUCUGUGUCUUUUAGAGCUGGGGCGGAUAGCUUCACGUUACAACGUAGAGCCUCCAGGACUUAUAAAACUGGAGAAGGAGAUUGAACAAGAAGAGAAGAUGCCUCUGCCUCCUUCUCCAUCACCAAGACCUCCAGCUCAGCCCCUUCCUUCACCUCCCUCUUCAUCGUCCUCUCCAUCUCCUUCUCCGCCUUCAACUCCAACCAAAGUGACUCCGAGCAGAAAGAGUACAGGAAAGCUUCUGGAUGAUGCGGUACGACACAUCGCUGAUGAUCCUCCCUGCAAGUGUGCAAACAAGUUCUGCGUAGAGAGACAGUCGCAGGGCCGCUACCGAGUCGGGGAGAAGAUGCUCUUUAUAAGGAUGCUGCACAACAAGCAUGUGAUGGUGCGUGUGGGGGGAGGCUGGGAGACUUUUGAGAGCUACCUGCUGAAACACGACCCCUGCCGCAUGCUCCAGAUCUCCAGAGUGGAGGGGAAGAUAUCCCCUAUCAGCACCAAGUCCCCCAACAUCAAGGACCUCAGCCCAGACAGCUACCUCGUGGUGGCGGCCCACUACCGCAACAAGAAGUGAAGAAACGCCGCUGAGAAGUGACAUUUUUUUAAAGGACAGAGGAUAACUUUGUGUUAGAAGUUUGGGACAUUCUUUUUUUUAUACAUUUUGGACCGAUUGACAGCAGCAUGCAACAAGAGCACACUUGUAGUAUUUUAAUCAUCUAUUAAUAAAAAAGUUGUCAAGUGUAUGUGAUCAAAUGGGCUGUAUUCCUCUUUCACAUUGAGUUGUAUUUUGUUUAUUUUAUGCUUAUUAUUUUAUUCUCUUUAAUAAAGAAUCUAACAAUUUUAGAAACUGCUUUAAAAUGUAGAGUAAAUGGGUUCAAGGGAAGUUUAAAAUGUUCCAGAUUUCAUUUUAAGUCAAUUAUUGUUAAAGCAAUAAAGCAUUUAUAACAUGGUUAGAUGGCUAGUUUUUGUCUUUGCUAAUUUUAGUAACAAGCUAAUAAUCAAACUUUACAUGAUGCUGGUUUGAAAGUUGUUUUAUUAAAAAAAAGUAAAAAUGA